GCCGUGAAGGGAAUGGAGGAGAGCGCGGGAUACCCGCCCUUCCAGCUGGGCAAGUCCCGCUUCGAGCAGACUACGUUUUAUGGGCGAUUUAGGCACUUCUUGGACAUCAUCGACCCUCGCACCCUCUUCGUAACGGAGAGUCGCCUUAAAGAAGCUGUGCAAUUGCUGGAGGAUUUUAAGCAUGGGACUUUGCCCCCUGGAGUCACAAAAAAAGAGCUGUGGAAAGCGCAAAAAAUAAAACAGGCCAUCAUCCACCCGGACACCAACAAGAAGAUCUUCAUGCCUUUCCGGAUGUCAGGUUACAUUCCUUUUGGAACACCCAUUGUUGUGGGUCUUCUCUUGCCAAAUCAGACGUUGGCAUCCACUGUCUUUUGGCAGUGGUUGAAUCAGAGCCACAAUGCCUGUGUCAACUAUGCAAACCGAAAUGCAACAAAGCCUUCCCCGACAUCCAAGUUCAUCGAGGGCUACUUGGGAGCCGUCAUCAGUGCUGUCUCCAUCGCAGUGGGCCUUAAUGUUCUGAUCCAGAGAGCGAACCAGUUCACGCCGGCCACGCGGCUCCUCAUCCAGAGGUUUGUGCCAUUCCCUGCUGUAGCUAGUGCCAAUAUCUGCAACGUGGUCCUGAUGAGGCAUGCAGAACUGGAGGAAGGAAUCAACGUCCUGGACAGCAACGGGAAUGUUGUUGGGUCUUCCAGAAUCGCUGCCAAACAUGCACUGUUAGAGACAGCCCUAACCAGAGUGGUCCUGCCGAUGCCCAUCCUGGUUCUACCUCCAAUCAUCGUCUCUCUGCUGGAAAAAACAGCUUUCCUGCGAUCCUGCCCGCGGAUGGUUCUCCCUGUCCAGAGCCUCGUGUGCCUUGCCGCCUUCAGCCUGGCCCUCCCGUUGGCCAUCAGCCUCUUCCCGCAGAUGUCUGAGAUCGAGACCAGGCGCCUGGAGCCCGAGAUCGCCCGAGCCACGGCCAGCGAGACAGUGGUCUACAACAAAGGCCUGUGAGGCAGAGCGGCGCGGAAGAGGGCGAGCGCAAGGGGGCACCC